AUGGAUUACUGUGGGCCGUUCCUCGUUCGUCCGUUAAGUGGAAAGGGUGCGUCGGUUAAAAUGUACGUCGGUCUUUUCGUGUGUUUAGUGAUAAAGGCAGUGCAUUUCGAGAUCAUCGCUGAUCUUUCAUCGGCCGCGUGCAUCAACGCCGUCAAGCGAUUCGUCGCGCGUCGCGGUCGUGUGCGUGAACUGCAUUGCGAUAACGGUACCGCGUUCGUCGGGGCAGAUCGAGAGCUCCGACUGCUGCGUAAGGAAUUUCUCCGCCAACUUGACGCCGAAGAAUGGACAACCUACUGCCUGGAGAGCCGCUUCAUCCCGGCUCGAUCACCGCAUUUCGGCGGAAUCUGGGAGGCUGGAAUCAAAUCAUUUAAGUUCCAUUUUCGUCGCAUCAUGGGCAACCGUUCUUUCUCCGUGGACCAGUUCCUGACCGUAGCUGCUCAAAUUGAAUCCAUUCUCAAUUCCCGUCCUCUGUCGCCACUUUCCGAGUCUCCAACCGAUUACUCCGCUUUAACGCCUGGCCACUUCCUGAUUGGAGAGCCACUCUUCUCCAUACCUGAACCAGAUUUGACCGAUCAGAAUCCCAACCGACUCAACCGAUUUAAGGAGAUGACACGCUCAGUCCAGGACCUUUGGCGUUGUUGGAAGAGAGAUUAUAUCAGUCAAUUACAUCAACGAACGAAAUGGAGAGAUUCGUUUCCCAAUGUGCGAAUCGGUCAACUAGUGCUUCUCAAGAAGGACAACUGUCCACCGCUACAAUGGCCACUGGGUCGGAUUGUGGAGACCGUUAACGGAAAGGAUGGGAGAGUUCGCGUGGUUGUUAUCAAGACCAUCAGUGGAACAUACAAACGAGCGAUCACUGAGAUUGCUGUUCUGCCGAUUGAUCCUGAUGAAGCUGAGAAUGGCGACAAGACUACAACUGCCUCCGAUCCUAUCCAAACGCCAUGA